UACCCAAUAUAGCCAUUAACCAAACGACUCAGAUAAAAAUAAAUCGAACUCGAAGAAACGAAAAAAGAACUAAAAGUGGACUGAACAAAAUUCCGAAGAUUCGAUCCUCGGCCAGAGAGCAAAAUAUGUGCAAUGUCAAAAUUUGUUUUCGAUAGUAUGCUGCCAAAGUAUUCACAGUUCCAGCCGUUUAUCAGUUCGCACCACCUAACCACCACCCCCCCGAAUUCGUCAUCUGCAGCAGUUGCCGCCGCCCUAGCCGCCGCCGCCGCCUCUGCCUCCGCCAGCGUUUCAGCCAGCAGCAGCAGUAAUAGCAACAGCAACACCAACAACAACACCAGCAGCAGCAACAACGCCAGUGGCAGCAAUACUAGCAACAACAACAACAACAGCAGCAGCAGUCCCAGCAGCAGCAAUCUCAAUUUGAGCGGAGGAUCCCUGUCGCCCAGUCAUUUGAGCCAACAUCUGGGCCAAUCACCCCACUCGCCGGUGUCCUCGUCGUCGCCCUUCCAACAGCACCACCACCCACAGGUGCAGCAGCAACACCUGAGUCUGAACCACCAGCAGCAGCAACAUCUGCACCACCAGCAGCAGCAGCACCACCAAUACUCCUCUCUAUCCGCGGCCCUUCAGUUGCAGCAGCAACAGCACCACAUCAGCAAACUAGCCGCCGCCGCCGUCGCCUCGCACGGCCACGCCCACGCCCACCAGCAACUGCUGCUAACGCCCCCGUCGGCGGGCAAUUCGCAAGCGGGCGACAGCAGCUGCUCACCGUCGCCCUCGGCUUCGGGCAGUUCGUCGCUGCACCGCAGUCUCAACGACAACUCGCCCGGAUCCGCAUCCGCGUCCGUGUCCGCAUCCGCGGCCAGUUCCGUUGCCGCCGCUGCAGCAGCCGCCGCCGCCGCGGCCAGCUCCUCGUUUGCCAUCCCCACCAGCAAGAUGUAUCCGUACGUGUCGAACCACCCGAGCAGCCACGGAGGUCUCUCCGGAAUGGCCGGCUUCACAGGUCUGGAGGACAAGUCCUGCAGCAGGUACACGGACACCGUGAUGAACAGCUACCAGUCGAUGAGCGUACCUGCCUCGGCAUCCGCGCAGUUCGCCCAGUUCUAUCAACAUGCCACAGCCGCCGCAUCGGCGGUAUCAGCGGCCAGUGCCGGAGCGAUCGGAGUGGACUCGCUGGGCAACGCCUGCACACAGCCCGCCUCCGGGGUGAUGCCGGGGGCAGGGGGAGCGGGCGGAGCCGGUAUCGCCGAUCUGCCCAGGUAUCCGUGGAUGACGCUUACAGACUGGAUGGGAAGCCCCUUCGAGCGUGUCGUUUGCGGCGAUUUCAACGGCCCCAAUGGUUGCCCCCGAAGACGCGGUCGCCAGACCUACACACGCUUCCAGACCCUCGAACUGGAGAAGGAGUUCCACUUCAACCACUACUUAACCCGGCGGAGGCGCAUCGAGAUCGCACAUGCCCUCUGCCUGACCGAGCGACAGAUUAAGAUCUGGUUCCAGAACCGGCGCAUGAAGCUGAAGAAGGAGUUGCGUGCCGUCAAGGAGAUAAAUGAACAGGCGCGACGCGAUCGCGAGGAGCAGGAGAAGAUGAAGGCCCAGGAGACGAUGAAAUCCGCCCAGCAGAACAAGCAAGUGCAGCAGCAACAGCAGCAGCAGCAACAGCAACAGCAGCAGCAACAGCAGCACCAGCAGCAGCAGCAACAGCCGCAGGACCACCACUCGAUCAUCGCACACAAUCCGGGCCACUUGCACCACUCGGUGGUGGGUCAGAACGAUCUCAAGCUCGGCCUUGGCAUGGGCGUGGGCGUUGGCGUGGGCGGCAUUGGGCCGGGCAUUGGAGGCGGACUCGGUGGCAAUCUGGGCAUGAUGAGCGCCCUGGACAAGAGCAAUCACGACCUGCUGAAGGCAGUCAGCAAGGUCAACUCCUAAGCUGACCCUGGCCCACCGCCGCCGCCGUCGCCGCCGCCCAGCCGAGCCAACGAGCCAAUCUUCCACCAGCCGCACCACUAGCUCCACUAGCACCACCACCACCAACACCGCCGCAGGAUCACCGCCAGGAUCAGCUGAUCCUGCGCUCUUUUUCAUCUCCUCGUCUGUGUAACGCGCGAGAUAGCAAGCUGAAAAGCAGAAGAUAAACUCGAUAACUAAAAUACGUAAAGUUUUACAUAGUAAAUAGUUGCAUAAGUCUACCAGCCUACAUACACGCAAAUGAGUGGGUUCGAUGGCCCAGGGGCGAUUCACCGGAUGGGGGUUUGGAUCUGAGGUUUCUUUCUGAGGUUUUCCCGCGAGCAAUGGCCUAUUUGAUAGUGCAACGCAUGCGAUUACCUUCUAGAUCUCCAGUGAGAGCAUUUGUGUAUCCGACAUUUCUUCCAUACUUUCCCUUUCACGCAGUCCAACCCCUAAAAUUGGCAAUUCAACCCCCAGUGCCAAGUGAAGAGUCCCUGGGCCAAAAGAGCUCCCCAGUAAUAUUAAUGGAUAACUUGAACUACUUAGAAUAGCGGUAAAUGCUUAAGGCAGGAGUUAGCAGGAGACGCGAUCUAUAUAAAUGAAUAUUGACGAAAUGAGCGAUUUUUGAUAGUCAGAGAACUCCGUUGCCAGCCAUCGGCCAAUUUCCAUGGGAAUCGGUCUUUGGGGGAAGGCGACUAGAUGAGGAGUUCGAGUGUAAAAUUAUUUGCGACUGCUGUAGGAUAACCUAGUUCGAUAUUUAGAGCCACGUUCGACUAUGUUAAACGGUAUAUGAAUACAUAAAUAUAUGGAUAUGCUUACAGAUUAAAGAUACUUACCUAUAGAGUUAUAGAGCGUACGUUUUGUAUCUACCUAUUUAUUGGAAAAUUUAUGUUUAUGUUUUUCGCAAAAAAGAAACCCUCUUCCAAUGUUUUGUUUAAGUGAUGUGUUUACUGUGUGUUUGCUGUAUUUUGUUGUAUGCCAACGCUUGAAUACAAUGAUUUCUUCAAUGCCAUAUUAAUCUUAAUUCGAAAGCAAGUAAACAAGUAAGCAAAACCAUUGCGCAAAUAUUUCCAUAAAUACCAGUUGUAAGAAACGAACGGUAUGCAACAUACCCAAAAGCAUAAUCACGAUUUCAAAUACGUAAUAAUAAUAAUGAAACAUGAAACUAAAUUGGAGUAAGAAGGAGCUGAGAAAUUAAAUGUCGUUUGCCAGUGACUAAAAUUUUAAAUUAACUACCAUUAAGUGAGGAAACUAAAAGGCGUCGAUUGAAGGCCUGCAGAUCUACAAAACGAAAAAAAAAAA